GAUGUGAGUGUGAUGUGAGGCGGCCGAGGCUCCGGGCUUUGCCGACCUCAGUCGAGCCUCUCCGAGAGCUGCAGACGACGCAUCCUGAACGUCUUCCAAAUGUGCAGCCUCAGUCCUGAAGCGGGUUUCUCGGGAGGCGAGGUCGACAAGGAGGUGGAGACGAAGGCGAGGACGGAAAACGCUCGGACGGAAGAAUCUGCACACCUCGGCCAGCUCAUUCGGCUCCUCUUCGUUAAUGCACGGCCCCGCGCUGCGGUCACGGACUAACAUGGACACCCUCAGAGUUCUGGGUUUCAGCAUGCUGCUAUGUUUGGGCCAAUCAGCUUACUCCACGGCCGUGAAUGAUGAGACUGUGUUCCUGGGUGAGGAUUACCACAUCCCAUUGCCAGUGGGCGGUGCUGAGGUGGUGUUUAAGCCCAUGGUUGGUCCCGCAGGCCGCGAGCUGUUGCUGAUGAAGGCUGGAGUAGUGGUGAACCCUCGGGUCAAGCUGAGCCAGGCUUCGAAUCAUCUGAUCCUGGAGAAUGUUGGAGAGACUGACGAGGGGGUCUACAUCGUUAAGUCCAACGAAGAUCCUCAAAACAUCAAGCGCUUGAAUAUCAUCGUCAGAGACUGCACCAUCGAGGACAACGUGAAGUAUGGAGAUAAUUUCCGCAUCUCCCUUUUGGGAGUAUCCGCCCCCGUAGGGGUGGGCUUUCGGCCCAGCGCUAUUGAGGCCAAUCAGACGUCUCAGCCGGCACUUGAUCUCCUGAAAGCGGAUGAAAGCUUCAAGGCAGGGUACGGGAACCGCCUCAGCAUUACUGAGGAAAGUCUCAUCCUGUAUGGCGUCACUGGCGCUGAUGAGGGAAGCUACACCAUUACCGACGCCAAUGGGAAAGUGAACAAGAAAAUCUGUCUUAAUGUGAAAGAGCAUCAGAACUUUGCCGACGUGCCGUACGGAGGCACUUUUAAAUUUAAUCUGCACUUAAACAGCUCCUCUGCCCGUGUGGUCUACUUCGAGGACUCCAGUCCGUCCGCCCGCUCCUGGGUUAUCAUGGAGAGAGGCGAGCUGACCCUGCCUCCUGAGUGGGACAUGGAGGGCCGCUUCACUGUAGAGGACUCAAUGUGUAUCCUAGAGCAAGUGAAGGCCAGUGAUGGAGGACUAUAUCGAGUCACUGAUCUACAGGGCUUCCCGGUUUCGAAUGUUCAUCUGCAGGUGCAAGCGUACAAGCUGCCUACUGUCAUUGUGGCGGUCAUUUCUCUGGUGGCCUUGACGGUGGUGCUGCUGCUUGUGUGCUUGGUGUCAUGUUUGGUGAAAGUACGCAGAAGGGCUGAAAAAGCUCGGGCCAUAGAGAAGAUUGCCCAAAAUGCUGGCAAAGAGGAAGGGGACACUUUCAGACAGGUGGUGCAGGAUGCCUUCACCCGCCACAAUGAGGAGGCCCCAGCUCUGUCACAAAAAGAAGAUAUUACAGAGAAAUCCCAGAGCACUGAAGUCAGCAUUAAGGGUCUGGAAGUAUCUGCUAAAGACACAAGCAUCCAUGAAAAGAACCUGGAGACUAGUGACUCUGGAGUAGGUUUCAACACAGCCGGUCUUCCAUUGGAUAGUGACACUGAGGCACCAACAGCACCCAUUACAGAGACCGCUGACAGUAAACCUACUGCCAAUCAAGUCCCAGAGCCAAAACCCACUGUUAUUCCACCUUCUGGACCAGCACAUACCACUGAGACGAAGCCAGCAUCUGAGAAAAAGGCUCCGGCACCUGCAGCUCCAAAACCAGAACCAACUCCUGAACCCAAACCUGUAACACCAACACAUGAACCAAAAAUGACCAUCUCACCUAGUCCUGAAUCAAAACCAACCUUAAGUCCAUCUCCAGAACUGAAGCCUGCCGUGACGCCCGACGUGAAACAAGCUGUCAGCCCAACUCCUGAAAGCAAGCCAGCACUGGAGGUCAAACCAACACCCACUCCGGAAGCCAAACAAAGUCCUGAACCCCCAAAAGCUGUGACACCAACACCUGACUCAAAACCAGCAGUCACUCCAACGAAAAUCCCAGUCUCUCUAACUCCUGAUCUUACACCAACCAAACCGGCUACCUCUGACCCCACACCUGCUGUGAGCCCAACACCAGAACCCAAACCAGCAGCCGUUACCCUUUCCCCUGAUGUCAAGCCUGCUCUAUCUCCAUCUCCAGAUCCUAAACUUGCUGUGUCACCUACCCCAAUGCCAACCACCAACGGAACCCUCGAGCCCAAGCCGGAUAUAGGAUCUCCUGAGCCAAGUGCAACCCUGGAUCUGAAAGGCACUGAACCGUCCAAAUUAGCAUCUCCAAAAACCCCAGACACUGAGAAAAGCUCAGUAAAAACCCCGGAGGUCAUCUCUACUGGAAGUCCACCUACAGAGGCCAAGCCCAGCGAUGGCGCUCCUGCCCCAGGCCAGGAGGAAGCUUCCACCACCUGAGGUCAAACCCACUGCCUCCAGAUUUCUGUUCCCUCCAAUGUCCUUAACACCGCUGACAAUCGAGGAUAUCUUCUCUAACAACAAGCAAGAAUUCAUUGACUUAUUAUGAAGGAGGGCCUUUUUAGUGUUUCAAGUUUCACUCUUAAUACGUAACUAACAAAACAGUGACAAUAAUUCACUGUAGAUUCACCCGAUUUAUUACUAUUUAAUCACUUUGUAACACUACUACCAUAACAAAUAUGAAACACAGAGACGUACCACUACUUUGAUUGUCUAUUUGAUGCAGCCUGAGAAAGUCUGCGUCUGAUAAAAAAAGAUGUACAAAUGCAACAUUCCUAUCAUACUUAAAUGCGUCGCCACUGCAUGCAAAUAUUAAGAGAAUGAACUAACUGCAUUAGACCUUUCCUUAUUCAGAGAUUGCAGUAAUGAACGAACACUGGACUGAGUCAUAGUAAACCAACAUAAAGCAAUUUUCCAUCCCGUCCCAAUUUAUUACUGACACUCCACAGAGAUUUUAACUCUAUAAUAUACAGUUUAAUUUAAAAAAAAUCACCAUAUUAUAACACAUAAAUUACCAAUAGACAAAAUCACCUAAACCUAUAUAGUAUUAAUGAAAAAACAAUUUUAAUUACUAUGAAACAAUGUGGAAUCUGAUGAACACUUACAAUCACCAAAUACAAUACGCUGCAACCUUUCCUGGAUUACUUCCUGACUUUCUCCAUUUGGAACACUCUGGAACCUUUUGUUUUUGGAGGAAUCCUGCUGGAACAUUUCCAGUCCAAAUUACGCCAAGAAAGACACAUUUUUUCACGGAUUUCCUCCCCAAACACUUGAACAAAGCCUUACAACACUGGACCUGUUUGGGUUAGUCUAACAACAAGAUAAUUUCAGCAGUAGGCCAAUGUUCCUAGCAUUCCCAUACAGCCAUUUCCUAUAUUGCUGUACAUGUAUUGUCAGUAAUAUAGGCCAAAGAAUUUUCAACAUGUAGAUCUAACUGGCAUGAUCUGUUAUAGUAACCACUUAUGGGUGCCUGUUCUUAUUCAAAAUUGAUUUGCUGACUCACUGAAUUCUGUAGCAUGUUCUACGAGGAACUCCAGAUGCUUCUAGACUGAGACAGGGUAAGUGUGCUGAUGCAGAACAGGUUUUUAAUUUUCUUACCCGAAUUGAAUGCAGUUUUCGGGAUGGGGAUCUGAUCCUACAUCAGCAUUCUCACUCUGAGAUUCUUAAAGACACAGACCUCUCAUUUUGUAGUCGGCGGCAUGCCCACAUAAGGAAUUCCGGGUCUAAGCCUAUGGGAAAAAUGAACGUUAUUGAAAAUCGCAGGUAAACAAAAACAUCCCAAAGUCUAUACAUAUACAGGGUCUAUACUGUGUAUACUGGAUCCUCCGAAUUACAGGGUUGUUAAACAGUUGCUACAUCCAUGCUACAACCAGUCACUUGAAUGGAAAUGAUGUUGCAUGAAAGUAAGUCUAAUACUGAACUCUAUUCUACAACACCAGCUGCUCAAACUAUAGGUUAGUAUUGCCAAAGCUGCUGGUUUGCUUGGGUAUUUUGAUCAAAAUUAUGACCGUUCAAUGUGCUGCAGUUUUAGCUUGCAUCAUAUAGCAAUAUUCACAUUUUAACUACUUAAUGACCUCUUACUUCAGAAGAUAGUACAGUGGUAUUCAACUAAAAAAUGUAUCAUCAUUUUUGUUUUCAUGUGCCAGCUGCAAUUUUCUAGAAUGCCCAUAUGGAAAAAAAGUUUGGACCUGGCGUUCCUUAUAUGGGCAUUUCGCUGAAAAAGUGACUGAUUCAUUAAUAAGACUGGCUUUUUGUGGUGAAACUUUCAUGUAGCUGUAGUUGCCUAAAAUAUGCUCCUUCAAUUCACUUGAAACCUAAGUUACCAUCCUAAUUUUGCGAAACAAUCGAAUUGCGGUUAACUAGCUAGCUAGUUAAGCUAAGCAUGCGCCAGCGAAUAAGCAACAUUAUUUCGGUUUAGCUAGCUAGCUAGUUAACCUAACUGUUUCCCUGCGAGUGAGCAACAUUGUCUCAGUUGAAAUGAUAUGAUUUGACUUCACUUAAACCUUGUGUUGCACUACAGUUGCUUAAUGUUAAUCUUAGCUGGCUAGUCAGCUAACAUGACUGCUGUCUGGACGACUGCUUGUUCCAGUGUUUGUUCUGCUUUGUUAUCCUGCUGUUGUCACAAUCUAAGCUAGGUUCAUUUUCUCUUCUCUUGACACCCUAUACAUUUUCACACGGUGGAGAUUCCAUGUAAAGCUGGAUUCAAGAGUCGAGUUGGAUUUCAUCAUCAGUUGUCAAAGUCAGUUUACUGAGACUCUGGGUGCCUCUUGCAGAAUUUGAACACCACUGCCCUUUUGCUACUGCACCAACGGUUUUGGAAACUGCUGUCUAUGACCUGUUUAUGUAGGCUUUUCUUCUAUUUAAAGGUUGUGCAUGGUAGCUAGUUAUGUCCUUUCAAAUGGGGGUGUACCUACAGUAUCGGAGAUCCGAUUUUAGCACUAGGUAGAUUUUGCUAAUGCAGAAGAAAACCUCUACCUCGCAUUGUGAGUCAACUCUAACCAACCGAGAAUGGUACAUUCACUGUAGUGCACUGAAAAAAAAGGACUUUGUAGGCUUUUCUGGUUAAAGCACAAAAUUUUAUCCUCUAAUGAGUGAAGCUUUACAGACCACCAAUCUUAGGCAUCUCUGAUCCCCCCAACCACUCCCUUACCAUUUCUCAAAUGGCCUUGUUCUUUCUAAGUCUUUUACACCGGUUUUAAUACUAGUAGUCUAAAAGAAAUUUAAAAGCCAUAAGGUAUAAUACAUGUAGUGUAAUAAUACAUAAUACACAAUGUAAAUAGCAUGUGAUUAUUAUAAAUAAUUAUUAUUAUCCACAUUAGCUAACUUCCCUUAUAGGCUCUGUUAUAGGAUUCUGCAUAUUCUUGAUAUUAACUGUAGUCGCAGUGGAAAUGACCAAUAUUAGCUAAUAAAGCUUUUAGUCACUGAUGCUUUGAAAAUUUCUCUUUCUGACCCAAAUCAUGUAGGUGAUGAAACUUUUUACUCCCCAAGCAAGCAGCUGAGUGUCAAGAUCAAGAUCUUUUUAAGCAAUACUGAGUGCAACGAGCCUAUGCACAUACACGCACACAGACACACAUACACAGCCCUCGGCCUCUUACUUACUAGUUGUGGUAGGAUUAAUAAAGGCAGGGGUUCCCACAAUGAAGAGUUCACACAACACACAAAAAUAAUUAGGUGAAAUUAUAUGAAAGAAAUUAUAGUUUUACAUCCACUUACGUAUGUCAGUAUAAUCUAAAUUGGUCCCACUUUACUCAAUGCUUGCUCUUGCAAAUGAACCCUAGGGCUGUUUCUUGCUAUAAGCAGUAUCUUAGGACCUGUGAGCCACUAGAGGGGCUCGCAAGUACAGUCGUGUGAAGAAUUAAGUAUACCCCAUGAAAUGUUUCUCUUUUUUUUACAUGUGGAUAAUAUGAAUAAUAAUAUGCCCGUAUGAACGGAUAUGUACAGCCCCUUUCAAAUCCCUCCACAGCAUUUCAAUGGGAUUCAGAUCUGGGAAUUCCCCAUUCCUUUCCUUUCGAGCUAUUCUUUCGUGGAUUUACUUGCAUGUUUGGGAUCAUUAUCCUGUGGAAAGGUCCGCUUCUCCAGCUUCAACUUUUUUUUUCUUUACAGAUUGUCUCACAUUCUCCUUAAGCACUCUCUGGUAUGAAAGAGAAUUCAUAGCUGAUUCUAUGAUUGCAAGUUGGCCAGGGCCUGAGGCAGCAAAGCAUGUUAAUUCUAAGUGUCACUUGUUAAGUUAUAUCACCUUUAUCUAUCAGCACUUUUUAAAUGAAGAUGAGAUAUCUGUAUCUCCAAAUAUGAAAAAGUCUAAACUUUUCAUGGGUGUACUUCUCAUGACUGUAUAUAUGAGUUUUUUUUUUUAAACAUUGAUUUUAACUUUCCUGAUUGAAAUGAAUGAAGUAUUCAUUUUUUCAUCAUUCAUGCACAUAGUAUAACAUGCAUGGGGUGGCUGGGGGCAAGCAGGACAUUGCUUAGGGCCCCCAAAUGUUAAGAAAUGACCCAGAAUGCAUUAUUCUAGAGGCAGUGAUGUGUGGCACUGUGUGCUGUAUAAUUCAUGAAGCAACGAAAGAACACUUAUACAAGAAGGUUAAGACAUGAACGGUACAUCUGACUGGGCCUUCAGUCCACAUAAGAAAGAAAGGAUCUCUGACAUGAAAACAUUUGGGAACCCCUUCCUUAUGAGGUUACUGUAGGAGAAGUCAUUAUGUAUAUAAAAUGUUUCUUUCUGUCCAGAUAAAUACGUCCCAAACUGAA